GCUCGCGCCGUUCGACCUCUCUCGCCUCCGAUGCACGCUCUCCUCCCGCCCGCUCACCCCGCAACGUCUCGGGCGCCUCCUCGCGCUACCUCUGUCCCCGGCCACCUCCCUCCUCCUCCUCCAGUGGUACGCCGCCUCCCACCCCGUCCUCUCGUCGCUCCCCCUCCGCCCCUUGCUCGCCACCGCCGACGCAGACCCAGAGCGCGCGCUCUCCCUCCUUGAAUCCAUCCCCUCCUCCCGCUGCCCCCCUCUCCGGGAGACCCACCUCAUACCGCUGCUGCGCUCCCUGCCCCCUGGCCGCGCCCUCCACCUGCUCGACCAGUUGCCCAGCCGCUUCGCCGUCUCGCCGUCCUUCCGCUCGUACAACACCGUCCUCGCGGCAUUGGCCAGGGCGAACUGCCAUGCCGAUGUGCUCACGCUCUACCGCCGUAUGGUCCACAGGGACCGCAUCCCACCCACCACCUUUACCUUCGGUGUCGUUGCGCGCGCACUCUGCCGCCUUGGACGCGCUGAUGAGGCGCUCGCGAUGCUCCGCAGCAUGGCGCGGCAUGGGUGUGUGCCUGACGUGGUGCUCUAUCAGACGGUCAUCCACGCCCUGUGUGAGCAGGGUGAGGUCGCCGAGGCUACCACGCUCCUCGACGAGAUGUUCCUCAUGGGGUGCUCUGCUGAUGUCAACACGUUCAAUGACAUUGUACACGGGCUAUGCAUGCUUGGGCGUCUCCGUGAGGCUGCGAGGCUUGUGGACAGGAUGAUGAUAAGGGGCUGCCUGCCAAACACCAUGACAUACGGGUUCCUUAUCCAGGGCCUGUGCCGAGCAAGGCAGGUGGAUGAGGCACGCACAAUGCUCGGGAGAGUGCCGGAGUUGAAUGUCGUGCUAUUUAACACAGUGAUUGGCGGGUGUCUUUUGGAUGGGAAGCUAACAGAGGCGACGGAGCUGUAUGAGAUAAUGGGAUCAAAAGGCUGCCCACCAGACGCACACACUUACAGUAUAUUGAUACAUGGGCUUUGCAAGCUUGGGAGGCUUGGUUCGGCCAUGCAGUUGCUUAGAGAGAUGGAGGAUAAGGGUUGUGUUCCAAACGUAGUGACCUACACGAUCUUGCUGCAUGCUUUUUGCAGGAAUGGCAUGUGGGAUGACAUGAGAGCAACGCUGAAGGUAAUGCUGGCAAAUGGCUUGAAUAUGAAUUCGCAAGGAUACAAUGGAAUGAUUUAUGCUGUAUGUAAGGAAGGAAGGAUGGAUGAGGCGAUGACACUCAUGCAAGAGAUGAAGAGCCAAGGUUGCAAGCCUGAUAUCUGCACAUAUAAUACAAUAAUUUAUCAUCUCUGCAACAAUGGCCAGAUCGAGGAGGCUGUGUACCUAUUUGAAAAUUUGGUUGACGAGGGUGUUGUUGCGAAUAGAAUAACUUAUAAUACACUCAUUCAUGCACUGUUGUGCAAAGGAAGUUUGCAGGAUGCCAUACGCCUUGCAAAUGAAAUGGUACUUCAUGGUUGUUCACUUGAUGUUAUUAGCUACAAUGGUCUGAUUAAAGCCCUGUGCAGAGAUGGGAAUGUUGAUCGGAGCAUGGCGUUGCUCGCGGAAAUGAUAGAAAAGGGAAUUAAGCCAAAUAACAUUUCAUACAACCUCUUGAUUAGUGAGCUCUGCAAGACAAGAAGGGUGCGUGAUGCACUAGAGCUCUCGAAGGAGAUGUUAAACCAAGGGCUUACUCCUGACAUUGUCACAUACAACACACUCAUAAAUGGAUUGUGCAAAAUGGGGUGGAUGCAUGCUGCGCUGAAUCUCCUAGAGAAGUUACAUUCUGAAAAUGUGCAUGCAGAUAUUAUUACAUACAAUAUCCUCAUUAGUUGGCACUGCAAAGCGAGAUUGCUUGAUGACGCUCAUAUGCUUCUAAACAGAGCAGCGACUGUUGGGAUAACACCUAAUGAGCGCACUUGGGGAAUUAUGGUGCAAAAUUUUGUCAGAAAGCCACUCAAUUUUUUAUCCGACGAGGUUGAAGGGCAUUAAUUUCUUUUUGCUGUGUACCGUAUGUUGGUUGUCAUGGCUUUUGGAGUUGCCGCAACUACAGAUGUUGUAAAAAUCAAAAUGGGCAGCUCAUGGUGUCCAUCAUAAUGUUCACCAUACCUGGUCCAUUAACCGAGUUUCCAAAAAUUUCUGGAUGGCUUGCUUAAUUUUCAUCAUUGAUCAUAGUGAAUGGCCUCCUUGCAAGCAGGAAGACACGAAGACGCCCAAGAGAGAGCAUUAUCGUGGACGCCGGUGAGCAUCCUUCCUCCUUUUGAAUUGUAUGAUUGUAUCGAAUUGCCUCUGGUCAUAAACAGCAAGACACUGAUGGAGGAGCCGUCCAGCUCAUGCUGUGAUUGUUCCAGCUUUCUGUACUAAGAAAUCACUGACUGCCAGGAAAGGGAAGUGGACUGUGCCACAGGACAUAGGUCCGCUUUUCAUGCAAAAGGGCACACCUGACAACCCAAGAGGCGCACAAAGGCGCGCUGAAGCAAAAUCAUUCUCUUGCAGGCCCUGUAGCUUAGCAGAUGUGUGCAGACUCUGUAGCCUACUGUUUAACUGCUAUUGUUGUUGGAACCAUUGGCUAUUUAUGCAUAAGAUGGAAGGUGAACUCGGAUUUUUGCAAGGGAAAUUGGAUUUUUUCUAGACGGCUUGCUCUUCGUGAUUAGGAUGGUACUAAUGAACUGAUGGCAGGCAUCAAGGCUGGACAGAUCACACACACAUAUACCAAGUAGAAGUGAAGGUCAAAAGAAAGUAAAAAAAAGGGUCUUGCUGGCUACAUAUGAUGUGAUGUCAAUUUUGUAAUCAAUCCUUCACUUGAGUGAAUUACUUGUAUCGGGGGCUUCACUUUAUUCUAGACAAAGGAUGUGCAAUUUAUCAAGUGAAAGUGAGUCUUACCAGAUGUACUGUUGAAGGAUGGAUAACAGGACAAGCGACUGAGUUCAUGAAAUGAGUGGUCAAUGUUGGUGCAUAUCUACAUUUCUUUGAUACCUGUUUAUACUAAGUGCAAAUUAUUGUGUGCUUUCUACAGGUUUUGGGCAGCGAUGUUGUUUUACUGGCAUAUUUUUAUGAUUAAAGAGAAUGUUAUAGACGAUGGCCAAUGCUGUUAUGGGGUGCUUUUGAACCAUGAUUUCAUUGUGUUAUUCUUUGGUUCUGAUAAUGAAGCGCCUUUUCGGAUCAUCAAUUUGUAGUCAGUUCAGAGCCGUAAUUAUCCUUCAAAACCACAGAAUGGAAUGGAUUCAUAGGAAUGCAUGCAUACAUGUCAGGACCCGAGCUGUUUAUCUCUGAAGAAACUGACACCUUUAAUCAGUUUGCAUCGAUACCAGUCUGGAAGCACCACGGGCCGUCCAUCUAUUAUCCAACACCCUUUGCUCUGCAUACCGCUUCGCAGGAGAAGAACAGCGAUACGGUGUCGAUCCUUCUUCGGACGGCUGAGGAGCACCUGUGUGCAGCUGUUUACUUUCUGGCAAGGUCUACAGUGACCAACUUUGCUUUUCUUUCGUUUUCUCCUCGUUUGUAAGCCUAUAAAGUCAGUAUUCGAGAGCCCUCGAGGGCAUUCUGCUUUGUAGGGGCCUAAAGGGUAAACCCUAGCCGCCAGUGUUCUUUGGUUGGCCCUUAGGUGUAUCCAUAUUUUUAUUCCAGUUUCUGUAGAUUACAGUUGCGUGGUAUUUGUUCUUUCCAGUUAUAAAUUUUUUGUGCCCCUCA